GACGUCAGCACAAUCAUGGCUGAAUUAGAUGUUGGGAAACACUGUAAUAUUCAGUCUUGCAAUCAGAAAGAUUUUCUACCUUUCGUCUGUGAUGCCUGCUCUGGAGUCUUCUGCCUUGAACACAGAAGUCGAGAGUCACACUCUUGUCCUGAGAUUCCAGUCAAAAAAGAUGUGACGACAGCUGGUGGCAGCACAUGCUAUCAGUGCACUUUUGAGGACUGCAGGGGAAAGGAGCUGCUGCCUGUCAUUUGUCCUCACUGCCAGAAACACUUUUGUCUUGCCCAUCGACACCAAGAUGAUCACAAGUGUGAGAAACUGGAGACACCUAAGCCUCGCAUGGCCGCUACCCAACAGCUUGUGAAAGAUAUAGUAGAGUCAAAGAAGGGGAAACCUGCCAGUAAAGGCAGGAAGGGAGCAAAGAACAGUGCAACUGCAGCAAAGGUGGCCUUGAUGAAACUGAAACUACACGCUGCUGGAGAUAAGGGUCUGCCACAGACAGAAAGGACAUAUUUCCAGGUAUUCCUGCCCAAGGAUGCUAAAGACAGCAGCCUGCCCAUGUUCUUCUGCUCCAAAUGGAGCGUGGGGAAGGUGGUGGACUAUGCCGCAUCACUGGCCAACCUGAAGAACAACAACAAUGUCCUAACAGCCAAGAAGCUGAGAUUGUGCCACCCAGAGACUGGAAUGGCCCUACAGAUGGAUGAUACCCUGCUCUCCUUGCUGGCUCACCCAGAAAGCCCCCUUUACAACGGCGGGAAUGUUAUCCUAGAGUAUCUGGACAAUGACUGCACAGAGCUGGAGGAUGUCAGUGCCUACCUCCCGCAGUCCUGAUGAAUGUCAGGCUGUAUAUUUCAUCGUGGAUAUUUAUCUUGCAACAGCUUGUUACCAUUUAUUUUCCUAUUAAAAUAUUGAU